GGUUCCAUGUGACAGAUACAUGGUUUGAAGGAGGGGGUGAUGGUGGGAAGAUGGAUCUGUUACCAAAGAGCAGCAAGGAGUUCUCUUCCAGCGAGUACUGGGAGCAGUUCUUCAGGCGGAGGGGGGAGCAGGCCUUUGAGUGGUAUGGAGGGUACUUGGAGCUGUGUGGAUUGCUGCACAAAUAUAUUAAACCCAAAGACAAGGUAUUGGUGGUGGGCUGUGGCAACUCAGAGUUAAGUGAAAGGCUCUACGAUGCCGGAUGCCAGAAUCUGACCAAUAUUGAUGUGAGUGAGGUAGCUAUUCGUCAGAUGAACGAGCGCAAUGCCAAACGACGGCCUAUGAUGACGUACCAGUUGAUGGAUGCCACAGAGACUACAUUUCCCGAGUCCCAUUUUCAGGCCGUGUUGGAUAAGGGGACAUUAGAUGCCAUACUCCCUAAUACAGAAGAAAGAACUCUGGAAACUGCUACUAAAUUGCUGGUUGAAAUUGGUCGUGUUUUGCAGUGCGGUGGACGAUAUAUGUGUGUAUCCCUGGCCCAAGGCCAUGUGUUGGACAAACUAGUAAAUCAGUUCUCCCAAGGUGGAUGGAUGGUUCGAGUUCAUCAAGUAUCGGAGGGCAGUAGCAAUGAGUCUGGCAGUCAGUUUCCUCUACCAGUGUUUUUUUUUGUCAUGACCAAAGUGCGUCAGAUGCCAGGCUUUCCACAGGUCUUGGAAAUGAUGUCUGAUAAGGAGGGUGCCAAACCACUGCGUUGUUCAAGCCCUGAUGAACUUUUGGAAGCAGUGAAAGAACGGCAGCAUUACUCGCUGAUCCGAAACCGCCUGAACCAAAAUCAGAAUUCUCAGGAAGUGUCAUUAGACUUGUGUGAUGGAGAGUCUGGUAGAACUCGGUAUACCUUUUAUGUGCUAGAUAGUCCUACAGUACGGUCAUCUCAUGCCAAUCAGUUUGCUAUAUUCAUAGUCCCCCAGGGACGAGAAACGGAAUGGCUGUUUGGUUCUGAACCUGGACGGAGACAAUUGGCAGGGAGUAUUGGGUUCCGGCGUCUGAUAAUCGUGGCCUUGCACAGGGAUCAGCACUUUGAAAGCAUGGAAGCUAUUCAGACAGAGCUGUCUGCUAAAGUUCUAGAACUAGCUCCAUCAGGAUUGGCAGAUAACCAGCAGAUCCCAUUUCUAUCAGCUGGCGGAGACAUUGGAACUCGAACAGUGAAGUUUCGUGGACGGAGUGAACUGAGUGGGGAAUUCGUUGUUGAGGAUGCACGAGGGGAUGGAACCAGUUACUUCAGGCGUCUUAUAUUCCUCAGUAACCAAAAUGUGGUGCAGUCCGAGGCCAGACUACUGCCGAGUUCGACCCACAGAGGUCAGAAAAAGAAGAAAAAAGACAAGAAGAAGCAGCAGCAGCCAGCAGACAAAGAAGAGUCUCCGUCAUCACUUAUUAUUGACAAAAGCUACUUGAGCUGUGAACAUCAUAAAAUAAUGAUCUCAGGACUGGCACUCCUCCACAAUCCAGGAGUACUUCCAGAUCACCACAUAUCUGUAUUGGUGGUAGGACUGGGAGGAGGCAGCUUAUCCCUUUUUAUUCAUGACUAUUUCUUGGGUUCACGGGUCGAGGCCAUUGAAAUUGACCCUUCUGUACUGGAUGUGGCUAGCAGUUGGUUUGGCUUCAGUCAAGAUGAGCGCAUGAAGGUUCAUUUAGCUGAUGGAUUGGUUUACAUCAAUGGCCUGGCAGGGAAAGAAAAAGCCGUUUAUGAUGUGGUAAUGUUUGAUGUGGACAGUAAAGACACAUGUGUCGGCAUGAGCUGUCCACCACCUGCUUUUGUGGAGAAAAACUUUCUUCAAAAUGUGCACAAAAUCCUAAAGAAUAAUGGGAUCUUUAUUUUGAAUCUGGUGUGCCGUGAUGCUGUUUUGAAGAGACAGGUGAUGAGUGUCAUUCAUGAGGUUUUCCCUCUGAUUUAUGCCAAAAAGAUUGAGGAUGAAGUGAAUGAAAUCCUUUUUUGUUGCCCCAAUACUGAACGGAAAAUCAACCCAACAGAUCUAAUGGAAUCAGCUAAACACUUGGAGAAAACAUUAAAGAGGCCUGGAGCUCUCUGGGAUGAGACCUACAUCCUGGCUGACAUGUUCAAGUCCAUACAAAUAGUUUGAAAGCUCAGCAAUCUUUUAAGCACAGGAAGAACACUGAACAGGUUUCAUGGACGAUCUACAUCGUCAGAGAAAAGACAACAAUGACUAGUAUGAGCAACAGU